UGUAAUUUGUAGAUAUCUAUGUCCAAGAUGGCGGAGACCGAGAUGUUAGGAAAAUAAGAAAAUUAACAAUUCAAAAAUUUUAUUUUGUUUGAAUCAUUUUUGCAAUAAAUUGGAGUAGACAGUAUGGUUCCCAGACCAAUAGAAGGGCGUCAAACUCCAAUAGCAGCCAUGCAGGUUGUAGGACCUCCUCCAUCUGGAGGUGGAAAUAUAUCUCUUGGAAGGCUUAUAGAUUUUGUAUUGCAAAGAACUUAUCAUGAACUCACAGUUUUGGCUGAACUCUUGCCACGUAAAACAGACAUGGAAAGAAAAAUAGAAAUAGUACAGUUUGCAAGCAGAGCUCGCCAGCUAUUUGUUCGUUUAUUGGCCCUUGUUAAAUGGGCUGCAAGUGCCUCCAAAGUAGAAAAGUGUAAUGAUAAAAUUGUCCCUCCUGAUCCAAUUACACCCAGUGAGAAGAAAUCAACCUUGCUUCGUUUGGAUCAAAUCAUUCAAUAUCGAUUGGUUUCUUCAGAUCUUCCUUCUCAAAUGAGAAGUCUUCGAAUAGAAAAUGGAAGAGUAACAUUUCAUGUAGAGCAUGAAUUUGAGGUAUCAUUAACACUAAUGGGAGAUGGUCCACAUAUACCAUGGAGAUUGUUGGAUAUUGAUGUUUUAGUAGAAGAUAAAGAGACUGGAGAUGGAAAAUCAUUAGUUCAUUCACUUCAAGUGCAUUAUAUUCAUCAAUUGAUUCAAUCUAGAUUAAUAGACAAUCCAAAACCUCUGCAUGAUUUGUACAGUUGUCUUCAUUCAUUUUGUCUUAGUCUUCAAUUAGAAGUCUUACACUCUCAGGUUUUAAGAUUAAAAAAGGAAAGAUUAGAAGAUUUCAUUCGUGUCGAAGAAUAUAUGGCUGGUAGUCAUCUUGUUGUUUCGUAUUGGAGAGAACAAAUUGCCAGAGAAAAUCAAGAAUAUAAAUUGUGUGUUCAGGUUGAUCCAAUAGAUAGUAGUAAACCACUUCAAGUAUCACAUGUUCCAUCAUUAACUGGCAAGGAUUCGAUAUUGGCUGACCAAGCUAUCAAGUCAGACCAUUUAUCAAUUGAAAAACUUCUAAUACAUACAGUUCAUGUUCGUACAAAACACAGAUUAGCAGAUUUAAGAGAUGAAAUAAAGCCAAAGUUGGGAAUAAGUGAAUGUGUUAUAUCUGGUUCUCCAGCUGUUUUACACAUUCCUUUACUUCAGCCUUGCAUGCAGUCUGAACAGUUGUUAGUUACUGUUGAUACACACACAGGAUUUUUCCUUGCACAUGUGCCACAAUUUGAUCCACCAUUUAUGGAUGAUAUAGAGGAAGCGUUUAAUAAAGAUUUAAGCAAACUGGAAAGUUUAAUAUCUGAAUUAAGGUUUUGGAUAACAAUGAGACGAUGUGAGAAAACAAUUCAACAUUUGCCAGCAAUGGCUAGUGAACAAUUAUCAUUAAAUGUGCCUUCAGAUCAUCCACUUGUAAAAUUUGGUACUCAUAAAUUAUUUAUUAAACUUUGCAAACAUCAGAAUUUUUAUAUAGUUAUACAUUUAAAAAGCAAACACAAUGAAAUAGAACAGACAUAUUAUUUAAUGACCGUCCAACCUCAACCAUUAGAAGAUGAAGCAAUUGAUCAUAAAGAUGAUACAGCAUUAGAAACAGAGUUGCCUAAAUCAUAUCUCAAAGUUGUUAAUUUUUUACAGCUUGAUACAUUUGCUAUUACACAUGGACCAUGUACAAAAAUUGAUGGUUUUUUAUUUCAGUUAAUCAAAAGAGGAAUCUGUCACCAAGGAAUGCAAGUUGAAGCAAAUGGAACAAAUUUUGUUGUAAAAAUUGUACAAAUGCCUCCAUAUGAUGGGUGUAUUGAAUCAAUUAAUGCUCUUCAAUCAACACUACUUAGUUGUACUAUACGUUUGCAAGGAAAGGGAACAAGGGCUUGGCUCGUUGAGUUUGUAUUCUGCAAUUGCCCACUGAUAAGUCAAUCAGUAAAGGAACAAGGACCAAGAAGACCUGUAUAUUUUAUGUAUGAUUUUGCUGCUGGAACUGCACCUCAAGUAGAGCAAAUGGUUAAAGAAAUGAUUCAAGAUUGGAUCACUAUGGGCUAUUUAUAUAGUGUUGUUUUAGAAUUUGCUGAAGUUUUAAAACAUGAUCAGCACAAUAUAUACAACAGUAUGAUGGAUAUUAAAUCAUUUACGUACAAGAAAUUAGUAUUGGGUUAUGGACAAAAUAAAGCAAGUACAGUAAGUACUUUUUUGUAUGAUGUACUACAUAUCAUUUGGAUUUAUCUUUUGAAAGGGAGUUAUUUCGUGUCAGAAAUCCUAAGGAUCUGGAUAUAUUGUCUUGAUGUACAGUGUCGGAGUGAAGGGUUAAUUGCCAUUAGAGAUGGAGCAUACAGUGUUUUUGAUAAAGGAAAAGCAGUAGAAGAUUUUUCAUCAAUUCAGUUAUUAAAGGCUUUCCUAAAUAAAUUUGUAGAUGAUACAGCAAGUCAUUUACGUCGCCGAUCACAGUCGGAUGAUGAUAAUCCUCUUUCACCUGUUCCACCAUUGGAUUCUCUGGAUCCUUUUCUGUCAUCUUCUGGUCAAUUAAAACCUGGAUCUCCAGCUCAAAGAGGACAAGAAGGUGGCACUACACCUGUUGGAGCUGGUGGAUCUGCUGGAGGAUUAAGGUUUCAUUUACCACUAACUCCUCCAUCAGGUUCUAAUCCACACACUCCAGCUUCUCCUCAUACAUCAGUUUUAAGCCAAAGUUAUGGUGCAUCACCAAAUCCAUCCUUUUCAUUGGCAUCUCCUCCUUCUUUGGGAUCGCAGUCUCAACAACCUCAUGUUAGUCCAUCUCCAUCCAUGUUACAUAUGCAAGCACCUUCACCUGGCAAUCUCUUUGCAGCAAAUUCUCCAAUCAAUCCUCUUCAUGUUCCUUCACCUUCAUUUUUACCUGCACCGUCUCCUUCUUCAUCAUCAGCAUCUCAGGUGCCCAUGCAAUCACCUGCAGCUAGUUUCAUGAGCUCACAAGGUCAUGAUAGUGGAUCACCAUUUCCUGCACCUGGUGGCUCUACUGGUAAUUUAUCAAUGUCAUCACCUGCUACAGGAACAUGGCCUGGCAGUCCUUCUAUGCCAAGACCUUCUCCUCGUUCAUUAGGAACUGCUCAAAGUCCCGGUAGCAGUAGCCAUCCUGCAUUACAUAGCCCACAAGCUGGAAGUACAAUAGAUCAUAAACCACCAGGUGUUUCUCCAGCCACUUCUGCAACGCGUGUACUUCCUCAAAGAUCAUGGGCAGCAGCCAUUCCAACACUUCUUACUCAUAAAGCAUAUGAUUUGUUAUGCAGUCCAAGUCCAUUACCAAACCCGUCAUUACCUUGUGGAACUAUGGUUGAUUCUAGAAUGUCUGCAUAUUCACCAUUAGAAAGAUUUUUAGGUUGUUUGUUUAUGCGUCGUAAUCUUCAUCGGGUUAUACAAAGUGAUGAAAGUUUAACAUCUUUGACUACAACAGAACCAGGUGUGAUCCAGUUUAAAGUAGAAACAAUGCAAUGUCGUGUUAGUUUAAAUAUCAAUACUCUUCAGUCCCUCCACUUAAAACUUACUCCGACAGCUGAAUAUAAAGAUCAAUGGUUAGGUGAAGAAUUACAAAUACUGGAAAAAUUUUUUGAUAAUAAAGUUGUAUGUACACCAUUUAAACCAAAUGGGUUUUUAGCUUUUAGUAGAAUUUUAAAUGCACCAGUACAAAUUUUGAAAAAUUGUAUAAAUAUUAUGCGACUGGAAUUAUUUCCAGAUAGAUCAUUUAAAUGGUCAGUACAGUGGUGUCUUACUAUCCCUCCUUCUGCACCAAAACUCGGACCUCCAGGAAUGUCUGCUGUGAUGAUCAAAGAUAGAAUGUUGUUCUUUCUUCAGUUAACGAGAAUUGGUCUAAAUCUCCCAGCUGGUGUUGAGCCUCAAACUCUCGUGGUGCCAAUUGUAUAUGAUAUGAAUUCAAAUACAACUCAAUUAGCAGAUCGUCGGGAUCCUGCAUCAUUAUCACCUACUGCUCCCAUUUCCAUCAUAAGAAACACACUCAAGAGGUUUUCGGAUUAUAACCCACAACCAACUGAAUGCAGUAUAUAUCCAGCCAUCAGGGAACUUCUCACAAAUCUUGUCAUUCCCAUCUAAUUGAACAUAAGUUUAAUUUAAAAUUUUCAUUAUCAUCCAAUCUGUUUAUAUUGUAUGAAAGAAGAGAAUGGGGAAACAUUGUAAAUUGAACAAAAAAUAAAUUGUGUACAGUGCCUGUGAUUUCUUUAAUAUAAUUGCUGAAAAAUAAUAUAUGCAGUGU